AUGAUCCCGGGACAUAAUCUGGAAACCACUUUUACACUAUUUGGUCUGCUCAAAUUACGUUGCUUGCCUUCUGGCUCGAAAAAACGGCGCAAACCUGAUAGCCAUUUGCCUACAGGUUUACCCGGUCUAGACUUUGUGUUCGCUAACACUGGGGAUGUUCUGAUUGCCAGUAAAGACGAGGAUGAACACAUCCGUCAUCCGAAAGAAGUUUACAAACAAAUUCAAACCGGUGAUAUUUCCGUGAAAUCGCUCAAGAACAAUUUUUGUGCCCCUAGCCUCAGCUUCUUAGGUCACCCUAGUGACAGUCAGGACAUUGCACCAUUGCCACAGGAAGUCAGCAUGAUAUCCUACUACCCGCUUCCAGAAUCCAAGUAG